AUGCCUGUCGUCAAAGGAGGAGUCUGGACCAACAUCGAGGAUGAAAUUCUCAAGGCGGCAGUGUCCAAAUAUGGACUUCAACAAUGGGCGCGAGUCUCUUCGUUGCUUGCGCGCAAAACUCCAAAACAGUGCAAGGCUCGCUGGUCUGAAUGGCUGGAUCCUGGAAUCCGAAAGAUCGAGUGGACCAAAGACGAGGACGAGAAGCUUCUACAUCUUGCCAAAUUGAUGCCAACGCAAUGGCGCACUAUCGCACCCAUCGUCGGAAGGACUGCCACACAAUGUCUGGAGCGCUACCAAAAACUGCUCGACGACGCAGAGUCGCGUGAGAGCGAUGAAUUCGGUCUUGGAGGUCCAUCUGGAGGAGAAGCAGCUGCGCCAUCAGCGGAGGAUGUGCGCAAACUCCGCCCUGGCGAGAUGGACCCCGAUCCGGAAAGCAAGCCCGCUCGCCCUGACACGAUUGACAUGGACGAGGAUGAGAAGGAAAUGCUGAGCGAAGCUCGUGCACGUCUGGCCAAUACUCAGGGAAAGAAGGCAAAGAGAAAGGCAAGAGAAAGACAACUUGAGGAAUCAAGACGUCUGGCUGUGCUGCAGAAGAGACGCGAGUUGAAGAAUGCCGGUAUCAACAUCAAGGUUGUCACAAAAAAGAAGGGUCAAAUGGACUACAAUGCAGACAUUCCUUUUGAGAAGGCGCCUGCUCCUGGUUUCUACGAUACUGGAGAGGAGAUUACCACAAAUGAGCGCGAGCGCGAUGCCUUCGACCCGCGCAAGCAACAGCUACAACGUAAACGACAAGGAGAUCAGGACGACAACCCCGAAGAUCGCAAGCGCCAAAAGAAUGACAAGGGCGGAAAUCAAGCUGCUUUCGCUGCAGCUGCAAAGGCUGGGAGGGAACAGAAGUUGCGCGAGGCUGAACGCAGCAGCAGACGUCGCGGUCUCGUGUUACCUGCCCCUCAGAUCAGCGAAGGAGAGUUGGACGAGAUUGUCAAGAUGGGUAUGGUUGGAGAACGAGCAAACGUUCAAGCCGGUCAGAACGACAACGAAGCCACACGCGCCUUGAUUGGAAACUACUCGGACGUUGUUGGAUCCACACCACUUCGCACGCCACGUGCACCUCAAGAGGAGGACCGCAUCGCCAACGAGAUCCGCAACGCCAGAGCAAGAACAGAAACACAGUCUGCCCUGCUAGGAGGCGACAACAAUGAGCUCUACGAAGGUGAAGCUACUACUGGAUUUGGUGGGGUCGCUCCCAGCAAGCAAGCCACCGCUACACCGAACCCUAUGGCUACUCCGUUCCGUCAGAAUGGUAUUGCCGCAACACCACGUGGUCCUGGUGCCACUCCUUUACGCACACCUCGCGACACAUACGGACUGAAUACCGGCGAUGGUAUGCAGAUGGUUGCACAAACACCGAGAGACCUCCGCCUACAACAAAAUGCUCUUCGUAACGACAUCAAGAGCAAGCUUUCUGCCCUUCCCAAGCCGAAAGAGAUGGACUUUGAGUUGGAGCUACCCGAAGAACAACAGGAAACUGCUCCCGACGUCGAGAUGAGCGAGGAAGAUGCCGCACGUCGCGACGCCAGGAAUAGGGAGGCACAGCAAGCUCUAGCAAGAGCAGAAUUCAAGCGUCAAUCGCAGGUCAUCCAACGAGGACUACCACGACCAAGUGUAGUCGAUGUUGAUGCAAUGCUAAAGACCGCCGCCGACGAUCAGGAUCCGAUCAAGAGCAGCAUCAACAGCGAAAUGGCGCUGCUUAUUGCAAGUGAUGCACUCAAAUUUGGCAAAGCCAAGGUCAGAGGUGCUCCCAAACCCACACAAUCCUUCUCAGACGAGCAAGUCCAACACGCACGCCUCGAAAUUGCUCUGGAAAUGGGCAAAGACGAAAGAGGACGCGCAUUGCUUGCAGAAGGCUUUGGUGCAGAAUGGGAAAAGGCUCACGAAAGAGGCAUGCUCCCUGGACUCGCCGGCUACGCAGAAGACGAGGUUGAUGAGCACCAACUCAUGACCGAAGCCUUUGAUAAUAUUCAGUCCCGCAUCAUUGCUUCCGCAGAACAAGGCAACACGCUAGAGAAGAAACUCGUCAAAUUACACACAGGUUACAUGAUGAGAUCGAAAGCCCUACGGCAGAAGAUUAGCGAAGCUGCGGACUUCUUGGCAAAGACGAGUAUUGAUGUUGAUGUCAAGAGAAUCGCUGCCGCUGCUGAAGAGGCUGGGUUGAACGAACGAUUGGAGAAGAUCAGAGAUGAGGUUAAUGUCGUCGCUAGACGUGAGAGGGAAGCACAAGGCACGUUUAGAGAAAGGCAGGGAGAGCUGGACUCGCUUAUGGCAGCGUAG